UCUUUCUCCCUCUCUCCUCUUCCUGUCCGUCCGCCGCUUAGUCUUUUCUUUCUCUCUCUCUCCUCUCUUCUUUUAAAUAUCGCGCCUGCCUGCUCGGGCGACUUCCAGUGCUCCGACUCUCUUCUCUCUAAUUUUCCCUAUUUCCAACGGCUCGUUCUGUCGAAUUUGAAGCCCUAAUCGUCGUCAAUCCGCCGCCAGCCAGGAUCGUUACCACAUCCACACAAGAUACCACAUCUCAACCAGUGCAAGCCAUGUCUGUAAACAACCGUGCAUCUUUGCUCGCCGGCCUUCGCACUGGAGGCGUCCGCCAGCCGGCCCAGAUGCCACACACAGCAGCGCCCAACGUCACGUCCUUCCCGCGCACAGAGCUCCCGAUGACUGCCUCCAUCAACGGCUCUUUUGGUCAUUUGCAGUCCGCCCACGCCCAAGCGCAGGCUCAGGCCCAGCAACAGGCGUUGCAGAUGCAGAUGAUGCAGAUGGAAAUUCUUAGGCUCCAGGCGCUUCAGCAGGCCCAGCAACAGUAUCAGAUGGAGAUGGCCCGUCAGCAGCAGCAACAGCAGCAGCAGAUUGUUUCCAACCGUCGCGCCUCUCAGCUCUACGCUGAGCCACCACGCACUGCAGCACCAGGUGUUACAACCUUUGCGAGCCGUCGUGCAUCGCAGGUCGAGCAGCUCAAGUCACAGCUUCAUUUGAACGGCAGGGUCCCUCAGGAGGAGCAGCAAGUUCCCAUGACUGCCUCUUUAGGCGGCAGAUUUGGUGCUAGGCUGAAUCCAAAUGCGUCGGCCUUCUGCAUGGGUGGGUUCCCUGAGGAAGAGGAAAUGCCUGCACCCAAUGUCCCGAGGGCUAGUAAUAAUGUGUAUACUGGCACGCCGACAGCGAAUAACCAAACAACGGUCAUCUCCGGUGGCAUUUCCCUAGGCACGUCUGGAAACACAAACGGAAACAACACUGGUGGAAUGGCACCAAGCAAGAGCGAUACCUCACUCAACUGGCGCCGCGGCGGCAACAACAACUCUGUGCUCAGCGGCAAUCGUUCUGCUUCUAUUAGUGUGCGAGUGACGCCACCACCGGGAGAACGCACGUCUUCGCCUCCGGGUCUCGUCAAAUCGCAUCGUCCCGAGCCGCUACGCUUCUCUGUCGUUAAUGGGGAACGCAGCACACCUCUCGUCAUCGUGGAUAGCUCAGAUGGCGAAGCCGCGGAUGAUGAUGCUUCCUCGAGCUCCAGUUCAAAAUCUGAGCCGACGACCCCGCCAUCCAACAGCUCUUCCGUUUCGUCGGGUAUGCCUCCUUUGUCCCCAAGGGAGGCGGCGUCCAAGCGCCUUUACGAAGGCCUCGGAAUCGGCCGUCCUGUACCACAGUCAGCCGCUGUCCAGACCUUGAGCUUUUCAGGCACAAAGAUUGCUCCACACACGAGUAUGGGAACGACGUUCCCUCACAGGGUAGUAAGCCAGCCUUCGCGUCAGCCUCGCGGCCCACCAGCGAGCGAAGAACUCGGAACCAAGAACUUUGCAUCUCGCAUUAGGAGGAAGGCCAUCGGCGGACUUGGAGCGAUGUUAGACGCCAGGGUCAACCGUAGGGAAAUUGAGGCUUUCUGAACAACCACCUCAUUUUUACGAGUGUAACACCACUGCCAAGUCGAAUGAUGUCCCCUAUGCCUUCCAUUUGCUUUUUUCUCUCCCUUUGUUCUUACUUCUGUUGUUAAUACCUUUAUCACCAUCCGCUUUCACUGGUUUUCUACAUCCCCACUUGCUUUGAUUAUCUCACAUACCAUUCGGCACGGACAGGAACUCUUGAGAGAAAUGUUUCGCGAAACAUCAGGCCCCACCCACUUUCAUUCUUUUUUAUCCCCUCUCGCACACAAUUUGCCUUCCUUUUGUCUCGAAGCUAUCAUAUAGGCCACCGCAAUUAGCUCGGUGCUGCCUGCGUCGCGUCUGUCCUCACUUCGAACACCUGUCUUUUCUUCUUCCCAGUUUACUUAGUUUCUGGGGUGUGUCCUGUCAUUCAAUGGUUUUGACGGAACACCGUUUAUCGUUUAUUCUUUUUACAAGCGCUAACGAGCGCGUGAUUUUAUGUGUCCUGUAGGCUGUCGCUUCGUGUGUAUUCCUGUUACUCGACGCGUUUCUGUGCUGAAAUAGAAAAAAUGGGCGGGGAAAGUAUAACCAUUGUGGUUCCUCCCUCGUUAUUAUUAAUAGU